AUGCGGCUCACCGUGAAGAACACGUUCCUCGACGUGUCGGGCGUGACAGUGGGAUUUGGGCACGACCAUGACGACGCGACGCGGAGGUGCUCGAGCUGCCCGCCGCGCUGCUCGGCCCCGACGAGCUCGCAGCAAAAGGCGGACCAGGGUGGCCAUCGCGCGGCGCCCGCAAUGCCCACCCGCUUCACACGCGGCGCGAAGGUCGCGCUGGAGUGGGACCCCGCUGGAUUCACGGAGGGUCACGGGGGGCGCCAGGCAGAUCUUAGGCGCGGCCGCGUGGCAUGGAUCGCGUUUAAUCUCACCGCGAUUCUGACGUCGCUGAGCCCGCGCGGCGCGGUGCUGGCCGAGGACGAAUUUCAGGUAUUUGCGCGGGCGCUCGCGGGAACCGCUGUCACGCUGGACUUGAAGGCCAGCGACGCAAUCGGCGGCGUGAAACAUAAAAUCGAAGACAAGCACCGCGCCCCCGCCCGCAUGCAGCGCCUUCUCUUCGGGCGCGAGGAGCUUGACGAGGACGACUGCCUGAUCGUUGAUUACGGCAUUGCCAAGGAGUGCACGUUGAUGCUGACAGGAGGUUUGCGCGGUGGCGGGAAGAAAGGGGCGGCCCCGAUUCCUCCGUUCGACGCGCCCAGCGCGCCGCCAUUCGAGUGUUUCUCCCCCGGCUGUGGCGUCCAGCGAGACACGGACUGUGAGCUGAUGGGGCACAUCCGCGAGGAUCACCCGGGCGCGAGCGCGUCUGACUGUGAUGGGACAUUCUUCGGCGACGCUGUUCGGGGCGAGAAGAAGCCCUUAGAGGUGCCGGCGAGCGCGGCGAGCGCGGCUGCCUCGGCGCCAGCCGCCGAGAACGCGGCGGCCGAGGGCGCCACUUCGGCCGGCGCAGCGCCGCCGCCGCCAUUCGACAAGGACAGCAGGCCGCCCUUCGCGCGCUGGUUCCCCGAAUGCAGGUGCCAACGUCUUAAAUGCGUCUAUAUGAUGAAGCACGUCCGUGAAGAGCGCGGCAUGGCAUCGUCGGACUUCAAUGGGACCUUCUUCGGCCAGCAAGUAAGGGCGGACAAGAAGAAUGAUAACGAUGCCCGAAAGGAAAAGGCCGCCGCGGCAGGGCCAGCGUCAUCAGCAGAGGCAGCCGUCCCGCGCCAGACUUGGAUCGUCUGCGUUAAAGAGCUACGGGCGGAUGACUUGGCGGCCGGCGACAAGAAGAUUGCGCGCGCCGUAGGGAAGGGCCGCUUGCUCGCGGUGCCCCCGAAGGGGAGCGGAGCCGAAUACAGGGUCAGAAUUAUCCAGCAAUCGCGAGCAGCCGGCUCGAAGUUCCAGGUCCGACUGAUAUCGAGAAAGGAGUCGUACUUGCAUGGGCCCCCGCGGGGCACAGGGGACGCGGCCAUGGCUGACCGGAGGCGGAUCGAGCGCGCUCCAGAUCGGCGCGCGGAGCUCGAUCGCUUGAAACAGGAGCUCGCGCAGGUCUCGGGGGAUGGCCGCAGACGCCGCAGCGCCUUCGAGAGGGCCCAGUUUGGCGCAGCGGGGGGCCGACAGGAUCGAGCUGCCAUGGCGUUCCGCGAGGUCUUGGCUUGGCACGAGCAGCGCCGCCGCAUGCCGUUGCGCACCCAUGACGGGAUUGGGUUUGAAGACGAGCUCGCGCAGAAGUGGCGCAGGUGGAGAAUUUCCGCGCGGCCGACGCCGGCUGCGCGGGGCCUGAAGAUGCGCAUCGAAGCGCUGGCGGCGCAGUCGGAGGCAGCGAAGCAGGAUGACCGUCGCGCUGCGCGCGCAGAGCAGGCGCUUCUGAUGCUGCACCAGCAUUGGUGCGAGGGGAACGACGUCCACGACGAGGACCGUUGGAGGCAGCCUGCCCUGCAUCGGUCUCGCGGCGGCCAGCACCCGUACCCGGGCCUCUCUAACCUAUGCAACACCUGCUACCUCAACGCGCCCCUGCAGCGCCUCCUCCACUGCCCCGCCGCGCGCGCCGCGCUCCUAGGGGAGCUGCGCGCCCUGGCGACCGCCUGCGUGCGCGGGGCGCCGCCGCCCGCGGAGGACGUCGGCGGCGCCGCGCCAGCGCCAGUCCGCGUGGACCGCUGGUCCCCGCACGCCUUCGUGGACGCGUUCCUCGCGAAGCACUUCCUCUUCAAGCUGGGGAGGUACGAGGACGCGCGCGAGGCGCUGUCGUUCAUCCUGGAAGACGCGCCUGGUCUCGCCAGCCUCUUCCAGACCGGAUGCGACGACGAGGAGGUCACGAUGAGGCUCCCAGCCUUCGUGGACGGGGCAGACGACGGCGACGACGCCCUGUCGCCGCAGGACUUCUUCCUCGCUGGGGGCGCGCAGAGAUUGGAUAUGCGAGAGCUGCUCCGCCGAGGCGCCUCCAUGGGCGGGCGACUGCGAUCGAAGCCCGAGUUGCUGGCGGUCCACGUGCCACAGAGGUGGGAGCGAGGCGACAGCACGGCGCUCUACCUCGGCGGCUGCGACAUCGCGCCCUACUGGGGCGAGCUCCCGGAGGUGGCUCUGAGGGCGGGGGAGGAAGACGUCGCAUACCGCCUGCGCGCCUACGUGCAGUACAUCCAGCCCGAGGGAUCGGAAGCCGUCCCAUCCCACGUCCUGAAUGACCCCCACGGCCAUUUCGUGGCCCACUUCGAGGAGGACGGGAGCUGGCACACUGCAGACGACCUGGGUGAUCGGCCGCACGUGGUCCAGUGGGCGCCUGGCACCCAGCGCAAGAUACCUUGCAUGAUCUUCCUUGAGAAGGUGGACUCCAGGGCGGCCCGCGCCGAGGCGUGCCCGUGGCCGCCCGGGCCGGUCGUCGACGGCGCGGGGGGCGCGGGCGGCGACGGCGACGUCGACGCGGGCGGCGAGGACAGUCCUGGCCUCGACGGAGAGCGCGGAGACGAGCAGGGCGGCGCCAGCGAUGCUGGCGCGCUGGGCGCGCGGAAGCGGCCCGCGGCGUCAGCGAGGAUCGACGCGCCCCCGAAGAAGCGGCCCCGCCUCCGCGGGAAGCAGAGCCGCGACGGGAGGCAGCAGCGGCAGAGCCGCGCUGGGAGGCAGCAGCAGCAGAGCCGCGCUGGGAGGCAGCAGCAGCAGAGCCGCGCUGGGAGGCAGCAGCAGCAGAGCCGCGCUGGGAGGCAGCAGGAGAGGCAGCAGGAGAGGCAGGAUCAAAAGCGCGGUUGCAAGCCCGAGGAGGUGCUCCGGCAGGGGCGGAAGCCGAAGAGCAAGGGCGACAACGCCGACAGGUCUAGGCAGGACGCCCAAAACAACGCCGCCGCCCCUGUCCUGCGCAGCAGCAGGGAGGCGAAGAGUUUGCAGGCGGCCUGCGACGCGCGCCGGGAGUGCGGCGACCUCUUCCUGCUCUUGCACUUGCUGGAGCCGCUGGCCGCUGCCGAUGACCUGCUCAAGCAAUACCCGGACUUCUUCGUCUACGCCGGCGACGACUGCGCCAGACGAUGGGCGACGUUCCUGCGCGCCCCCGAUCGGCCUGACAGGUUGGCUGGCAGGCUGCGGGAGGCGCUCGGGGUGACGGAGGAUGAAAUUUCCGACGCCACGCGCCGACUGGAGAGCGGGGAGUGGCACAUGCACCACGUCGCGGAGCUUCUGGACGAGCGCCUGAACUCCGCCCACAGCGCCCACUCCGUGGCGGCCGCGGUCCGCUUGGCGGUGGGCGACGGGCCGGGCGCGCAGGACGACGGCAACCCGCUGAGGGCGCACCUGGCCGAUGCGUGGCAGCGCAGGCCCUGCAACCGCGGCCCGCCCCGGCACUCGGCCAUGCCUGCGCGCCUUCGGGAUCGCUCUGAGUGGUUCCAGUGCCCCGCGCCUGCUCUGCAUUAUGCCUGCCGCAUGUGCGAGGCCGAGUUCCCCAACAGGGAGGCGUUCAAGGCGCACCAGGGCAGAGUGCACGGGGGGCAGCGGUGGUACCAGUCGCAGUAUGUGGCGCGGUGCGAGCUGGGGCCCUACCAGCCGUCGCCGACCGAGGAGCGCCAGGUGGUUGCCAGGUUCCACAUUUCCCAAUGCUGCGCCACCGUCGACCCCGUGGACGAGCCGUUCGUCCCGAAGCCCGAACCGGAGGUGCAGAUGCAGCUGCUCCACGCGGAGAUCAUCGGCAGGAUCAUCGGCAAGAUCGGGCAGGGGGGGCCCGCGGAGGAGAUCCCCCUGCAGGCGGCCGGCGCGGCGGAGGCGGCAGCCCGCGCUCAGGCGGCGUGUCAGGCGAGGGAGCCCCGCGCUUUCCAAGCCUGCGUCUGCUGCGCCAUGCAGCAGUGGUCCGAGAACCUCCACUCGGAGUUCCUCGUCGGCGACAAGUGCACAAUAAAGGACCGGGCCCAGUUCGCGGACUGCCUGUCGGCCGAGUGGUACCACCAACGAUGGCCCCUCAUACCGCGCGACGAGCUGAUGUCGUCGGCCGUGGACUUUCCCCACGACGACUGCGAGGGCUCGCCGACGUCCACGAAGAUACUCCUGCACAGGAGGCGCGUGCCGCCUGAGGCGCUCGAAGGGAAGGUGCCAGUGAAAGUGCGCGACGAUUGCCGGAGAGACCUGUGGUCUGAUCACCCCGAGGUGCCGCUGAUGGCGCUGGUGAACGACCUCUGGCUGGGCCGCCACCACCCUUUGCUCAGGAAGGCCGCUCUCGCGCACCAGAUGCUGCUCGCGCUCGGCCGCGUCGCGUCCACGAAGAUCUACCUGUCCAGCAAGGGCGCCGAAAAGGCCGUCCGGCAGGAGCAGCAGUCGUGGAGGCAGAAGUUCUUGCAGCACGCCAUGCAGGGCACCGCCAUCGUGUUCGGGAACGGGAACGUGGACCACGCGAUGCGGAGCUUCCCGCCGGAGCCCGACAUGCUCAGGGACACGUUCGUGGCCGUCUUCGCGGGCGCCGACGACGACGAGGAGGGCAUCCCCCUGACCGAGGAGCAGAAGCAGGAGAGGGCCCUGAGAGCCAUGAGGGAGGAGGUGGCGCUGCACGUCGACAAGGCGGAGUACGACGCCCCGGCGCGGUUGUUGAAGCAGCACAACUACGUGUACAAUGAUCCGGGCGUGCAGUACCGAUCGGACCUCGUGGACCAGUUCCCCCCGCAGCCUGGCGUGCCCGACUUCAUGCUGGCCUGCGCGAAGUAUGUCCCCACGGGCGCGGCGUUGGACGACGUCGCGCAGGCGCAGGGGCCCGCGUCGGCCACCACUGGUGCGCAAGCAGAGAUGAGCGCGGCCGCCGAGGACGCGCAGGAGCUGACCAAGUGGCUGUCCGUCCUUGAGGACCACAUGGACGACGUCAGCGAGCUCACGCCCCUGCCGGCGCUCCAGGGCAUGCUCGAGAGGAUGGAGAGUCAGGCGGGGCGCGUGGUGGCCAACGAGCUGAUGUCCAGGCUCGAGGACCAGGGAGGUGAGGAUAGGGCGCUGCAGCUGGACGAGAUCGGGCGUCACCGCCUGCGAGACCUCUGCCAGGAAUUCCACGCGCGCUGUCGGAAGAUCUCCCCGGGGGAGGACAUGGCGAAGCUGCACUGGCGUGUCCAGGCGCUGGAGACCAACAACUGCCAGGCGGAGGAAGGCGUGGGCGACCCGGCGCGACCUGCAGGAGUCGCGGGGACUCCCGCCGAGGACGACCCGCGCUCCUUGCAGGGACCGCCCGGCCCCGACGGCCAGCGAAAGGCGAGGCUUCGGGUGCCCACUUCGAGGAAGGCGGAGAGCUGGUGGAAUCCGAAGUACUGGUCGAUUGCCAGGCCCACGGACUUCUGCUACGGGGACUGCGCCUGGGGCCUCGGCCAGCUCCCCCCGGACGGAGAUGAGGACCCGCAGAAGCAGAAGGAAGGUCGGCUCUGCUUCAGCGUGGCGCACUUCAUCAAUAAUCUUCUCACGCGGGAGGAGAUGGAGCACGACGUGCCUGCCGACGAGGAGAAGUACGUGGCCAGGCCCAUCAGUCGUUUCCGGAGCUCCUGGUACGACGUGCACCUGCUAUGUUCCUUCUGGAGAGUCACGGAGACGACCAACAGCACCUACACCUUCAUGAAGACGCCCGGGGCGUUUGGGGCCGCUCGCGCCUGCGCGGACAUCACGCCGGAGACGAUCGAGGAGGUGCAGCUCAGGGCGCAGCAGACGGGCGGGAAGGCCACGCUGCACGGCAUCCUCAAGGACAAGGACACCCCGAACGAGGUGCGGAAGGCCUUCGCCACCCUGGGCCAGGCCACUGCCAGUCAAGUCGGGUCCCACGGACACAGGCGGGAGCUCCGCGGAGAGGGCGAGGCGUAUACCCUGCGCUUCGGCCCGCCCGCCCAGUUCGUCACCCCGAAUCUGGCAGACACCAAGCAGCCCCUGAUCCUCAUCAUGCAGGGGGAGGAGUACACCUUCGGCAACGACCUGACCGAUGCGGAGCAAGUCACGUUCAGCGAGAUGUCGCAGCGCAUCGCCGCGGACCCCGUGGGCCAGGCCGUGGUGUUCGAGCUGAUGAUGAGGCUGUUCUUCGUCCACGUCCUCGGCCUGCGCCCGGAGACCGUCGGGUGGCGGCGAGGAGAAGUUCGAAAGGCUUCGGAACACUGGAUCUCCGACGGCGUGGCGGCCGACCUCAUGGGCGUGCCCACGGUGUUCGGCCCCCUGGCGGCGGCCUUCGGUCCGGUCGAGGCUCAGGGCCGCGGCUCGCUGCACCCGCACAUCCUCAUCUGGCUGUUGCAGGGUCAGCUGCGCGUGCUCUUGGACAUGCUGCAGCGCGACGAGGCGCGCUUCCAGGAGCGCUUGAACCUGUGGAUGCGGCAGGUGGUGCAGGCCGUGGUCGCCACCCAGCAGAGCGCCGUGGAGCUGCUGCCCUUGCAGCUGCAGGGGGGAGAGAACAAGUGCGGGGUCGCGGUGCCGCCGCUGCCGUUCGGGCCCAACGAGAAGCGGUACUUCAGAGCCAACGGGGGCGCGGAGAUGCUGUGGUUAUACGAGCCCAAGGUAGACGACUACCACAGGGCGAUUCGCCCCGAUCUGCCGCUGCGCAACAACGACGGCGAGGCCGUGGACGGCGAUGCGGCGUGGACAGAGCAGAGGGCCGCGGAGAACAAGGGGCACUGGCGGCGGCCGCUCUCCAGCAGCGCCUCCGGCAUCUUCCCGAGGUACCGCGGCGGGGGCACCAUGGCGGAGUCUCUCCCAAGCGACGAGUGGAUUCGCGAGAUGUGCCGCGACGCGCGCGAGCUUGUCAUCGGCUGCGGCAUCCACGUCUGCAGCCCCUCCUGCUACAAGUACCAUUCCGACAAGACGCGCGGCACGCAGAUCUGCCGCCACAACUUCUACAACUUGGUGACACUGCGUACGUGGCCCAAGGGGGGGGGCUCCCAAGAGUGCCGGCUCCGCACACGCGGGAAAGCUCUGCGCGGCUGCAUCGGCAUCUUCCGCGGGACGGACUACGGCAUGGCGGGGCGCAUCGUCACCUUCCAGCUCCACCCCGGGGAGACCUCGACGAAGUACGCGGCGGUCGUCUCGGCGCGGUGCAACGUGGACGUGCAGGAGGACCGCGAGAGCUACAAGCAUGGCCUCUACCCUCAGCGCUACGCCGACUUCUCGGUGGGUGCUCGGGAGGACUGGGGAUGGUUCCAGCACCUGAACACCACGUCCGCGGAGAAGUGGGACCUCGUCGUAGUCACCGACUGGCGCGAGAUCUUCAGGGAGCUCGCGAACCGCGACAGCCCCGCCGUGGACGGUGGCGACGCUGCGCGCGCCGAUCUCCAACGCGACCUGGAGCGGCACGCGCUGGCCACCUUCGUGGACGCCCACAACACGAGCUACUACGUCAAUUCGUGCACCACGAAGGUGAACCCCAGCAUGGACGACGUGCUCUGCAAGCUCCUCGACGGCGUGCGCCGCCUGAAGAGCCAGUGGGACGACAGGUCGACCGCCGCAGGAAAGCGCAAGGAGGAUUUCAAGCGCACGCUGGAGGUGCUGGCCCGCUUCGAGACCUGCUUCCGCAGAGCCUCCUGGAAGAGCGGCAGCGAGAUGGUCUUCCCCAUGCUCUUCGGGCACCUCUCCUUCAUGACGCACCGUUGCUGGAAGGUGUUCAUGCGGAAAUCCAUCUACCUCGCCGCGGAGUCCUGGCGCAGGCGAUACGGCCAGGCCGACACCGCGGAAAGCGCACCCGCCGCCUCGAUCACGCACGCGGUCCCCGGCACUGGACAGCAGGUCGCGAUGCCGGGGUGGCGCGAGGUGCCGCGCGAGGGCGAGACGGUGUACUUCAGCCCCGACGGCGAGGAGUUCGACACGAUCGAGUACGCGCACCAGGCGUUCCAGAUCGCGAACGCCAGCGGCGGCUCGAUGCGCGAUGUGACGAAGGCGUUGAACAAGAUGCGGGAAGGCGAGGCCGAAGAGGUGCCUGAGGCUCCGGGGCCGACUUUCGAGGGCCUCGCGCAGGGCAAGUUCAGGGGCGCAGCGUUGAGCCAGCACGACGACUGGAUGCACCGCGGAGACCACCCUAUUGUCCGAGACAUGAGCUUGUACGUCUACAGCAUCUGGGUGUACCGCGUGGAACUGCCGCUGCAUGCCCUUCCGGCCGGGGAGCUGGAUCCCGAGGGCAGCGGGGGUCGCACCCUGCACGUCGACAUCGCCUUCGACUCGUCCUACUCGGCGGCGCGCAACUGGACGCAGAGGCUGGCCGUCGAGCCGCCCAUCCCGAAGGCCGACGGCUUCCAGUUCGUGAGCGCGGAGUCGAACGUGGAGACACACUACCUCAUGAAGUCGGUGCUGCUCUGGCCAGUGCACCUGCCAGACGCCGACGGGCCCAACGACGUGCAGCCUCCUUGCCGGUGCGCCCAGUGCACGGAGCUGGGCAACUGGCUGGACAGCAUGCUGACGGUGCAGGAGUACCUGGCCCUGGAGACCACGAAGACCGCGGCCAACUUCGACGGCAUCUACAAGGCGAAGGCUUCGAAGCCGAAGAGGCCGCAGAAGGACGACGUGCAGGUCGCGGAGGCCCCCGUGUUCCGGGAGGGCGCCGAGGACUCGGGGGCGGGCGCCGCGCAGGUCGAGGCCCAGGGCAUCCGCGCUCAGGACGGCUUCGCGAAGCUGGGCGCCAACGUUGUCCUGGAGCAUCACUUCGACCCCGAGACGCUCGGGCAGAUCUUGCGCUUCGACACCGCCGAGCGCACGCAGGCCUUCGUGAAGGAGCUCAAGAAGGCCGUGAUGAAGAUGUUCUGCAACACGCCGCUGUGCUUCGAGCUCCAGGCGUCCAACCGCUUCAAGGACACGAAGCUCCGGGAUCUCAUGGGGUUGGUCUCGGGGGGGGCCGCUACCGGCCGCUUCUUCACGGUCCGAGCUGGCGACCUUAUCAUCAUCGGCUGCUCUGGUGCCAAGGGUAGAGUGACGGCGGUGUGCCAGGCUGCCGCAAAGGCCCAGCCAAGCUCUGACCCGGAGGAUCUGCGGGGCACGGUGCCGCCCGCGAGGUGGGACGACCUCUUGUGCUACUUGGGUGGCAAGCCCUUCACGUACAUCCACAUGCGCCGCGCCUGGGACGCCCGUGGCCUGCGCGUCACGGCGGAAGCGCUUGUUCGGGACAGCCAGGCCAAGCCCUUGACGCGGGGCUGGCAUCAGCGCUUCGUGAGCGCCUCCAAGGACGACGCCGUCGCCGCAAGGCUGCUGGAGCGCAUCGACGGCUGCCGUCGCCGGGAUCCCCCAAACAAUUCCGGGGGGCGGCGCGGCGCCAUCCGCGCGCCGCCCCCCGGAAAUGUUUCUUGCCUCCGCAACCGCGACCGGCGUCGAAGGGGCCAUUCAUUGGCAAACAGUUCUUUUGACGAUUAA